CCCUUUUCUUUUAAUGAAAACAAACACACAGGAAGGAAAGGACGUGGAGAAUUUGGAUCAAAAAUAUUUUUUCGAAGGGCUAAAAUAAAUUUAUAAAAAAAUGGAGCCUCCAGAUUCAGCUUCUCUCGAUAUCAAUAAGCCUAAUUUUAAUCCAGAAUUGUACAUUCAGACAGUAUUUAAGAGAUGUUCCUUGAGAGAAGUGAUGGAAAGAGAAGCAUCGAUCAUAAAAGACACUCAAACGCUACAUUCCGACAUGCAGACAUUGGUCUACGAAAACUACAAUAAAUUCAUCUCGGCCAGUGACACCAUCAAGAAGAUGACAAACGAUUUCAAAGAGAUGGAGUCAGAGAUGGAUUUGCUGGCGGCCAACAUGAAUUCUAUUGCAAGCUUUUCAGAUCAGAUCAGCACAACAUUGCAUGAUACAAGACAGAAACUUACACAACUGUCGUCCGUUCACACUACCCUCCAGAAAGUGCAGUUUCUUUUCAGACUGCCGCACACAUUGAAAAAGAACCUGGAAGAUGGAAGUCUCACGGAGGCUGUUCAAAACUAUUCAAGAGCUCUCGGAACUCUAAAAAUGUAUCACCAGAACCCAUCAUUCAGCAGCAUACACAAGGAGUGUGACGAAAUCAUGCUUAGUGUGAAGGAGCAGCUUUUUGGCCAGCUGUCCAGCAAACAGGCCACUCCAAAAGAAUUGGCUGAGUGCGUGGAGCUUCUUUUAUCUCUCGGUGAGCCAGCGCCGGUUUUGUGUGUUAAAUUCUUGGAGCACGCCAGUGAGCGUCAAAGUGAGCAGCUCCAAUCGAUGGAGGAUCACUUGAGGCUGCGGGACCAAGACGUCAUUGAGUUUCUGGACAUCGGCAGCAACGAUUUCCUCAGCGACUUAUGCUUGAACGUUGCCACUUACAAUGAGCUCUUUGCGAAGAAGUGCCAAAUUGAGGAAGGCGAAGAUCCAAAUGUUCUGCUUGCAAAUUUCAUCCAAGAUGCCAUGGACAAAUACCUAGACUUGGUCAAGAGGAAGGUCGAGGACGAACAAUCUCCUGGAACGGAAGCGACUGUUCUCGUCAGAGCCCUGGACCGAUUUUAUCGCAGACUUCAAGCAGCCUGCACUCUUUUGCCCGGUCCAAAUUAUGCAAAGUAUGGUAUGGAGGUUGUUGUUCAAGCUGGAGGCAGACAGUCUCAGAUGCAUUUGAAAAACAUGCAGGCUCAUUUUAAGGAGCUCCUCAGCAAUGUGCGGCAGACGCUGGCAGCACCCAAAUUAUCUCUGACGCUAGAGGAAGAAAAAAAGAACCUCUCCAGUAGCAAUCUGCCAGAGUUGUUGAACACCCUUGUAGCCGGCUCUGUGGAAAAGAUCAAGAUCAGCCUGCAAGAUUUAAAACUUUUCCUCCAAUCUGACUUGACCUUCAGCUUGAAACAACUUUUCAGAGCAAAAUUCUGCUCUAGUGUGCGAGAAGACUUCUUGGUUGCCUUCAUAAAAUUCUUAAUGGAAACUGCCUCCGGAUUUUGUGUUCCCCAAACGCCACCUACACUGCUGCUUCUCCUUUCAAAAAUGUGUCUGGAAAUGGAAUCAAGCACUGUUAACUACUUGCUGAGUCAAACUGAUGAAGAAUUCUGCAUUGAAGACGCAGCCAAACUGACGACCAAAAGCAGUCUAUGCAAGCAGCUGCACGAUUCCGCACAGAAGCUUCUCGACUACUUUGUGCGAACCCAGGGGUUGAGUUUGUCCCAAAUGCUGAGAAAGUCUGUUGAGACGAGAGACUGGUUGAGCACCCCAGAGCCCAGGACGGUGCGAGCUGUGAUGAAGAGGGUGGUCGAGGAUGUGGCUGCCAUUGAAAUUUUGGUAGGGUCUUUGUACGAACAAGGCAUACAACAAGAAAGGAGCUCUGAUUCAAGUAGACGAACGCAAAGGAAAAGAACUAAUUGGUAUGCUCCAAGCCAGAUUGACUCGAAACUAGCCAGCAAUUUGCAAAAACUGUUUUCUGAAAGAAUAGAGAUAUUUUCAUCAGUGGAACUAUCCACUGUAUCCAUCAUGACUGGAAUCAUCAAAAUUAGUCUGAAGACUCUGCUUGAGUGCGUCCGACUUAGAACGUUUAGCAAGUUUGGUCUGCAACAAAUCCAAGUUGACACACACUACCUGCAGAUGUACUUGUGGCGCUUUGUUGAAAAUGAAAAUCUGGUCCAUUUUCUUCUAGAUGAAAUUUUGGGCAGUACCGUCCACAGAUGUCUGGAUCCAGUGCUGAUGGAGCCAAGCGUUGUUGAGAUGAUUUGCGAGAGGGGUUAGAAAAAUAGCAAAAGCAUCACUAGUUCAUUCCUUUUAAGGUACUGUUAUCAAAUUAUGUUGUUUUGUAUGCGUCGUUAUUUAUCAAUCAUGAGAAUGACAUUAACUGUGAAGAGCAUGUGAAAAAUAUAUUUGUCUUGUAACAAA